AUGGAAGAGAGUACUAGGAAGCGUGGUGAUCAAACACCAAAAGGUGGCGUUAGCACGCUUUCCCACAGCCAAAAUCCAGCGCUGAGGGAUGACUCGAAGAAGGCGUUUUCUUAUCACCUUGACCCAUCCCUAAUCUUCGCUUCAGAGCCCCUCACUGUUUUCUCAAUGUCCCAGUCCAACAUCUUCAAUUUUUCAAAUAUUUUGCUCAGUCAGAGCGAAUCUGAAGGAACCAGUACCACUGAUAGCUGCCGUGAACAUCUAGACGCAUUCCACGGUUUCGAAGGAGGAAUCAAUGAACUGUUACUCCCCUCAGUUUUCCAAGAAUAUUACAUGCCUGAACAAGAUAUUCAGGUGUUUAACUCAAUUCCCCAAACCCAUGGCGGUAACGACAAUUUGCAGGAAGGACUACUGAGUCUCGAUAAUGCCGCGUUGGAUGUUGUUUACCAUUCCGCGGCACCAGGUGUACCAUCUGCGGUCCCGUACACGUCCCAGGAUUUAGCGCAAAUAUGGGACUCUGACUUUUCCUCUCUAAAUGAAUAUCUGGUCAAUCCUACGGAGGGCGUUUUGAACACAGCUUCCUAUCGCACACCGGCUGCUAUGACUAUGAGCAGCUCAACUAAUGAGGCUCCCCAUGCUGUAUACUCAGAUUUUGCACACCGUGCAUACGGAGAGUCAUCAGGAUUACAUUUCAGCUCCAUGUCCAGGAAUGAGUUUCAGAGGCCGGUUAACACUUUUGAACCGGAACACAAGACCCAACUUAGUCGAAAUCCUGUAUUGAUGACCCCUUUCCCGCGAUGCCUUUCUGUUGGCCCAUCAAGACAGCCAAGGGGCAUGUCUCAUCACACGUAUACCCCGUACAGUCUCAUAGAGACCCAACAUAACCCAGCAUCACACCACAUAGAGUGCGCUCCCAAUCUACAAUCCAAUCCAACCUGGCGCAUCCCUCCAUCUGGAGAGAUGAUAAAUCAAAUAUCAAUGUCCGAGCAAGGGCAAUUCCAAGGCGUGGAAGGCUCCGGGAUUAUUCCCGUAGAGCAGACUUCCAAAGGGGCCUCUGGAUCACGUAAUGCUCGAAGAUCCGAGCCUCAACAAGAACAAGGAAAUAGAAGAGUGGCACCCAAAAGGGGUCCCCGGGUUGUACACAGGGCCUUCGUACGUAAAGUACGCAUAGACCGAGUCACUGGAAAGCCGGUGUAUCAAGGCAUGAGACCCGACACAAAACAACAAACAGAAAAUACCAGUGAUUCCUGUAAUUCGUAG